AGCUCUUUUCUAAAUUACUGCAACUCUCAAGAACACACCAUCUUUCCUCUUUGAAGAGCUCAAGAAACCUUCAUCAUGAAACCUGGUAGGAGACAGCUUCUAGGUUUGGUCUUGGCCAUUUUCGGAGUCCUGGGGACCAUCAUCAGCUGUGCUCUCCCCACAUGGAGAUCCCCUGAGUGGAGGAAAUCAGAGGGUUUGUGGAAGUCCUGUAACUCUGGUUAUAGUUACUAUACCACAACAACACCGUGCAAAUCUUAUGAUUCUCUGCUGGACCUUCCUCAAGACCUGCAGGCUGCCGGAGUGCUCAUCGUCAUCGCCAUCAUUGUCGGGAUCUUUGGGGUCAUGGUUGGUGUUGUCGGGGGCAACUGCACCACCUUGGUGUCAAAUAAAAGGAAAAAUAGCAAAGUGGCUAUAGCUUCUGGAAUUACCUUCAUCAUAUCAGGUGUCUUGGUGAUUAUUCCAAUCUGCUGGAGCACCAUCACAACUGCCUUUAUCGCGAGACACCAUUAUGAUAUUUAUCGAUUCAUGGGAGCCUCACUCUACAUCGGCUGGGCCUCUGCAGGGCUGCUGUUACUGGGAGGAAGCCUCCUCUGCUGCUCCUGUCCAUGCAGUAAUGAGAAUGACAUUAAAGUUGAGUACUCCAAACCCAGCUCUGUGUAAACAUAUAUAAAUUCUAUAAACUAAAUAAGGCCUACAUUUAAAUCAUAUAUAAGUCUAUCAGGCUCAUGUUUUAGAAAAGCUUCACUUUCUGUAUUUGCCUUGAAUGCAUAAAAGAAUAAAGCAUGAAAUGUGAUGAAAACAGGCCUGUUUUCAUGUUUGCAGUUUAAGUGUGUAUAACAAAUAUUUCUUUUAGUCUCUUUUUAUAUUGCUAGUUAUAAAAAAACAGGUUUUUCUAGGUUCUGUGUAAAAUUAGCUAUUUUCAUUUCAAGUUUACAAAAAAACUGACAGUUGAACCUUUGUAAGUGUAGGCACGGUCUGUGAUUACUCUUUCAUUAAUGAACUGUUGAGUACUGAUGAUUCUGUCACUGAUUUGUAUCCACAGUUUGAAAAGUGUUCCAGUAUUUGGUUUGAUUUCUUUUUCUUUCUUUUUACUGCAUGACAGUAAAAUUUUAUAGUAAGUGAAGGUGGAUAUUCACAAGCAUGUGAUAUCAUGUUUCUUUUAAUCUGAUCACGAUGGAUCUUUUUCUGUGAAGGUUUAAUGAAGAAAAUUGAAAGGUGUUUGUGUUUAUGUAGUUCUUUCAGGAUUAAAAAGACUAAUGACAGUUAAAGAUUUUUUCUUGUUAAAGUCUAAGAGGAAAAUAUUGUUAACAAAGACAACACUGUUGAGCUUCAUUCUUUGCAUUUCCAAGUUACAGUAUAAAAAUGUGUUAUAAACACCCAAUGUGUUACAUUUAAUUAAAUCUGUUUUAUCAGCCUAGGAACAACAGUGUGUCAGCGCAACAUCA